CGGUCGACUAUAUUUCCGUAUUUUUAACGACUAAUGCUCUGUGGGUUUUGUCUAAAAUUUAAAGUUGGCCUCGGCUGCAUCAGCUAAAUAUCAUGUGUUUUUCCUGAAUGUUAAAUAAAUCUCCUAUCUAACUGCCUUUUUGAUUUGUUCGCUGGGUAGUUGACAUCUGGAGCUGGCUUGUCCCACCUGUCUCUGCGAUACUCUAACCCUAACGAAACAGUCUAAACGGUUAAAGAUGACGACUUCAUGGAGUGACCGUCUGCAGAACUAUGCUGACCUCCCGGCUAACAUGGACGGCGUGGCCAUGAAGAAGUAUCGCCGUGAAGCUCAUCAUAGAGUUUUUGUCAACAGAAGCUUGGCCAUGGAGAAGAUCAAGUGUUUUGGUUUUGAUAUGGAUUACACUCUGGCAGUGUAUAAAUCUCCUGAGUAUGAGUCGCUGGGCUUCGACUUGACGGUGGAGCGUCUGGUGUCCAUUGGAUAUCCACAAGAGCUGCUCAACUUUGUCUACGACCCCUCCUUCCCUACCAGAGGUCUGGUGUUUGACACAAUGUAUGGCAACCUGCUCAAAGUCGACGCCUAUGGGAACAUCCUGGUGUGUGUGCACGGAUUUAACUUCUUGAGAGGGCCUGAAAUCAGAGAGAUGUACCCAAACAAAUUUAUUCAACGAGGAGACACCGACCGCUUCUACAUCCUCAACACACUCUUCAAUCUACCUGAAACAUACCUCUUUGCUUGCCUGGUCGAUUUUUUCAGUAACUGCUCCAGAUACACAAGCUGUGAGACUGGCUUCAAAGAUGGAGACCUUUUCAUGUCCUACAAGAGCAUGUUCCAGGAUGUCCGGGAUGGUGUGGACUGGGUUCACUUCAAGGGGUCCUUGAAAGAAAAGACUGUUGAAAACCUGGAGAAGUACGUGGUUAAAGAUCCAAAGCUUCCUCUUCUGCUCAGUCGUAUGAACGAAGUAGCCAAAGUGUUUCUGGCUACCAACAGUGACUAUAAAUACACAGAGAAAAUUAUGACCUACCUGUUUGACUUUCCUCACGGCCCAAAGCCUGGUACACCACAUCGGCCCUGGCAGUCUUACUUUGACCUGAUCCUGGUCGACGCCCGCAAACCCGUGUUCUUUGGAGAGGGGACAGUGCUGCGGCAAGUCGACACUACCACAGGUCGAUUAAAGAUUGGCACUUACACCGGACCUCUACAGCAUGGUAUCGUUUACUCUGGAGGUUCUUCAGACAUCGUGUGUGACCUGCUGGGUGCGAAAGGAAAGGACAUCAUCUACAUUGGAGACCAUAUUUUUGGCGACAUUCUAAAAUCCAAAAAGCGCCAAGGCUGGAGGACAUUUCUGGUGAUACCUGAGCUGGCCCAGGAGCUGCAUGUGUGGACUGACAAGAGCUCCAUAUUUGAGGAGCUUCAGUCUCUGGACUGCUUCCUGGCAGAGCUUUACAAACAUCUGGACAGCAGCAGCAAUGAGAGGCCGGACAUCAGCUCACUGCAGAGAAGGAUUAAGAAAGUGACCCAUGACAUGGACAUGUGCUAUGGCAUGAUGGGAAGUCUGUUUCGAAGCGGAUCUCGACAGACACUGUUUGCCUCCCAAGUGAUGCGCUAUGCUGACCUGUACGCCGCCUCCUUCAUCAACCUGCUGUACUACCCGUUCAGCUACCUGUUCAGAGCUGCACACGUGCUGAUGCCUCAUGAGUCAACGGUGGAGCACACCCACGUCAACAUCAUCGACACAGAGUCGCCGCUAGCUACACGAAACCGGCACGAUGUGGACCUAAAGGAGAUUGAGUGCAAACGGCACCAGCUUACCCGCUCCAUCAGCGAGAUCCAGCCCCCCCACUUCUUCCCCCAGGCUCCCCAGGAGAUCACCCACUGCCAUGACGAGGAUGAUGACGAGGAGGAGGAGGAGGAGGAGGAGGAGGAGGAGGAGGAAUAGAUGGAGGCAGAAGACCAGAAGAGGCUGUUUUUAUAUUUUCAGUUGAUCUUUUCUUUAGGUGUUAACAAACAGGGCUGGAGAAGUUUUCAGAGCUGCUUGCUGAGCUGACACGUUCUGCUGACUUUUGUUGUUACAAUAAGAAGCACAGGUACUCUCUCUCUUCUAGCCUUGGACCAUAUGUUUGAUUUUAGUUCUAACCAGUCUCCUACAUCUCUCAGAGCAUGUCCUCAGAUUAUUCUCAAGUAUUUUAGGAUUAUAAAGGGUGGGAUUUAAAAAAAAAGGUAUGGAACUGAAAAAGCUGUAUCAAUUAAGAGAAAACGUCUGGACUCUGGUAGAGCAGCUCCAGAUCCCUGUGGUUCCUCUUGGUUUGUUUAAGGGGGAUUUUUGUCAAUAGGGCAAGUCAGCAGGAUCCAGAGUCCAGUAUGCAUUUAUUUUUUUGCACUGUACAUUUCACCGCCAUGCUGCCUCAUACCAGUUUUACCCUUAGCUUUACCCAACUUACAGGACUAAACCAACCUUGAAGUGCUCAGCUACAUUAGUCACAUACUUUUUUUGCCUUUUGGGACCAUUUUUAAGGUGUAAUUUAUUUCCUCCUCCAAAGACAAAUAGCUAAAAGAAAAGAUAUGAUAGUCCCUGGAGGGAAUUCAGAAAAUGGAUAUACGUAGAAAUGCUUCAAGCAGUUUAAUAUAACCACACAAAUAUGUGUUGGUGUGGAAUACGUUCUUUGACCUCGAGUAGCCUCAACGAUGCACAAAGCAAUGCAGAAACAAAAGAUGCUAGGAUCAUCUUGCCUCAAAAAGGAAGAAGCUUUCAUCCCCCUCUUUAGGAUUUUUAUGAAAAGUAAUGUUGAAGUCUGGGAAAUGAAAAAUAACAGCGUAUAAGGGAGGAUAUUACUUGAAGGAAAUGAAUUGUUUUUUUGCUGCUGGACUCAGUCAUUAGACGGUUCGUGUCUGAAUUUUCGGUGGCUGCUGUGGUUACUUGAAGUCAACAGCUGUGUCACUUCCUGUCGGCUCGUGAAGCCAGCAUCAGACAUUAACCUUUUAAAUUUGUCAGGUGUUCCACAACGGGACCACGUCUCCCAUAAACUACAAAAUCAGAUCGCUACCCCAGAGUCUGCUUACACUUCCUGUUUUAAAAGUUGCAGCAUAGGAAGUGAAAACGUCAGAGGUAGCUUAGUAUUAAUGAACGGUUACUGUCUCAGUCGUCCCACUUUGAGUUUGUUACAGUAGUUAUGAGUAAGAAGUCUUGUUAAAAGUUUAUUUUAACAUAAAUGUUGUUUUGUUUUCAGCCGUAAAAGAAUGAAUAACAAGGUUAGUUAAAAUGUUCACAUUAAUGAGUCAGUCAUUUAAGCUUUUUAUAUGCAUUUUGAAACAGACAGGGGUUAUUUGUUUUGUAAAGUAGUUGAUAACUUAAAAUUAAAACUAAAGUUUAGUGUUGAUUUAAAUAAACUCACUGAUCACUUUAUUAGGUACACCUGCAAACUGCUCAUGAUCUCAUACACCUAAUCAUAUAAUCACUUAAUGGAUUCAGUCGUGUGGAUUAAGGUGAAGACAGUGGACUGAAGUUCAAACCGAUCAUCAGAAAGGUGGUUCAAGUGACUUUGAACUUGGGCUGAACAAUAAGGGAAAAUAAUAUAAUUGCGAUUUUUUUUUUUACCCAGUAUUGCAAGUGUGAUUUGAAAUGCGAUUAUUCCUGAAGUUCCUCAUCUUAUGUAUUUCCCAACAAACACAGGCAAUAAAGCAAUCUAUAUUAUAACCAA